GCGUGCCCGAGCAGGUGCAAUGGCGUGGCGGGGGCUGGCGGCAGAGUUUCUGCAGGUGCCGGCGGUGACGAGGACCUACACCGCGGCCUGUGUCCUCACCACCGCCGCCGUGCAGCUGGAGCUCCUCAGCCCCUUCCAGCUCUACUUCAACCCACAUCUCGUGUUCCGGAAGUUCCAGGUCUGGAGGCUCAUCACCAACUUCCUCUUCUUUGGGCCCUUGGGAUUCAGCUUCUUCUUCAACAUGCUCUUCGUGUUCCACUACUGCCGCAUGCUGGAGGAGGGCUCCUUCCGCGGCCGCACGGCAGACUUCGUCUUCAUGUUUCUCUUCGGAGGCGUCCUUAUGACCCUGCUGGGACUCCUGGGCAGCCUGUUCUUCCUGGGCCAGGCCCUCACGGCCAUGCUGGUGUAUGUGUGGAGCCGCCGCAGCCCUCUGGUGAGGGUCAACUUCUUCGGCCUCCUUACCUUCCAAGCACCAUUCCUGCCCUGGGCGCUCAUGGGCUUCUCGCUGCUGCUGGGCAACUCGAUCCUUGUGGACCUGCUGGGGAUUGCCGUGGGCCACAUCUACUACUUCCUGGAGGAUGUCUUCCCCAAGCAGCCUGGAGGCAAGAGGCUGCUGCUGACCCCGGGCUUCCUGAAGCUGCUACUGGAUGCCCCUGAGGAGGACCCCAAUUACCUGCCCCUUCCUGAGGAGCAGCCAGGACCCCAUCAGCCACCCCCGCAGCAGUGACCCCACCGAGGGCCAGCCCCAGAUGCUUCUGGUGGGCCUGCACCCUCCCCAACCCCUGCUUGCAGGGAACCACCUCCCUCCUGGAGGCUGGUUCCACACAAGGGCCCAACCGAAUAAACAGUAUGACCUGCA